AUGAGUUUGGCGUCGACCACGGACAUUCAUGCCCUUUACGCCUCGAGGGCGAUCGCCAAGGCGCGGACCUUUAUCCGGUCUGCGUCGGCAGGCGGUGCAGGAGGAAGCGGUGGGAAUGGAGCGUCUGGCGGUGGAGGAGUUCUCUCCAAGUCCCCGAACAUGGGCGGUUGGGGCGGCGGAGGCGGGAAUGCGGACAAGGCAGCGAUAGCGUCGGAGCUGAACCGCCGAGAUUACCUCGGACGGACUGUCCUCCACCUCGCAGUGACAGAGUCGGAGCCAUGGGCGCUUGACUGGGUUGAGCUGCUCCUCGGCGUCUCGGGCUUGGCCGUCAACGCGCAGGACACCGAGAGCGGCUGGAGCGCGCUUCAUCGGGCUCUGUACGCCGGGAACAUCGCCGCAGCACGCUUGCUUCUCGCCCGCGACGACGUCGACACGCGCCUGAAAGACUACGAGGGCCUCUCCCCCUUCGACGUCUACAACUCGACCGUCGACGGCACGAACCCUUCGCCCGACCCGCUUUCCACGAACCCUGCCAACCCAGGACGCAUGGAGCUGUUCUCCUGGGGCUCGAACCGCAACUUCGUCCUCGGUUUCGCCAGCGACAGCGAGCGGACGAUCCCGGAACGGGUUCAGCUCAGGCGGGAAGAAGGUGGACGAGGACUGUCGGCGUUCGAGCCGCUGAGGGUCAAGGAUAUCAGCAUGGCGAGGCUCCAUACCGCGAUCGUGACGGACGAGAAGCGGAAUAACGUGAGGCUGUGCGGGUACGGAACUGGCGGACGCCUUGGCCCGACGACCCAGACCCAAUUCACCUUCGCCCCGCUCCGCGACUUCCCUCACCCCGUCUCCUCGGUCGUACUCUCGCCAGAUCACACGGUCGUCGUGACGACUGCUGGUGAUGUCUACACCUUCGGCUUGAACCGCUUCUCUCAGCUUGGCUACCCUCUCGAUGCCCCGACUCCGUCGCCUUUCGCCAAGUCGAAUCACCAGGACGACCCGAUCCAGUCUACGCCUCGCCGAGUUGUCGGUGCGCUCAAGAAGGAGGUCGUCCUCGGCGCAGCAGCGUCUCGUACCCACACAGCAGUCUUCACGGCAGAUUCGCUGUACACCUGGGGAACGGCGCGCGGCCAGCUGGGCUAUCCCAUAGCCGGCAACUCGGUUCAGAUUCUGCCGCGCAAGGUCACCCUCAUCCAGCAGCCCGUCAUCCAGCUCACCGCGACCGAGAAUGCCACGGCAUGCCUCCUUGAGUCGCGCGAUGUUGUCGUCCUCUGUCACGAGGCAUACGUCAAGGUCUCCUUCCCUCUCACGCCCUUCCCCUCGAAGAUGCUCGUCUACCGCCCACCUAGUCUCGGCGCGAAACCGUCUAUCCGCAAGAUCGCCUCGCGCGGCAAUACUUUCGCCGCACUCAGCUCGCUCGGCGACGUCUUUACCUUCUCGCUCGACUCCGGCUCAACGUCGGCAGGUUCAUCGGGCGGCGACGGCACCUCUUCGCCUGGCUACGGCUCGCGCCUGACGCCCAAGACGCAGAGGCUUUGGAACGUCCGCCGGAGCUUCACGUCGGCGACAGAUCUCGAUGUCGGACUAGACGGCAGCCUGAUCAUCUGCACCGUAUCCGGCCACGUCUUCGUCCGCUCGCGCAAGUUCGAGGGCUCGUCGUCGUUGUCGAAGGGUGGCGACGGGGGAAAGGGAGGCGGCUGGAAGUUCUCGCGCAUCCCGUACCUCCAGCGUGUCAUCAAGGUCGCGGCUAACUCGACGGCCGGCUUCGCUGCCAUCCGCGCCGACGUGCCGCUCCGGUUCAUCGAGAUCGAGGGACCGACUCUCGCGAGGGACUUGCUGCGCGUCCUCCCUCACUGGGCGCGAAAUGGUGGACCAGCCGCGCUCGAGGCUAUGGCAGGGCAGUCGAGGCCGAGACGGACAGCGGGCGAGGACUCGGACGACGAGGACGAUACGGACGCCGUCAUCGAACGCGACAUCGAAGUCGCACGACGGUUGAUGGAGAUCAUUCGUUGCUGGGACUUGACCUGGGAGGUCCCGUCGUGUGGUACCGAUGCCGUCGUCAAUGUCGGCGCGCUCACCAUCCCUGUGCACAAGUCAGUGCUCUCGGCUCGCUCGCCAGUCCUCGCCCAGCACUUCGCCACGAGUCGGCAGUUCGACCUGUCCUGCUCGCCCCUCACCGCCUUCCUCCUCAUUCACUACCUCUACUCGGACGACUUCCCCGCCGUAUGGGACACUCGCAUCGGCAUGCCACUUCGCGCAUCGCUUCCAGACGAGCAAAAGGGGAUGUUGCAGGUUGGCGUCGUCAGAACCGAGUUCCGGGAACUCGCGCUGGCGCUCGAGCUCUCCGCACUCGCGCAGGUUCUCGAGCGGCAAGUCAAGACUGUGCCACCGCCGGUUCUCGCUGCCUCGCUUGGCGACGUCUUCUCCGCAUCGUCAACUUCGAAAGGACGACUGCCAGACUCGCUGAAGCCGGACGUCGUGCUCCGCCUCGCAGACCGCGAAGUCAAGUGUCACUCUGUUGUCCUCCGCGCCCGUUGCCCUUUCUUUACGACGUUCUUCGACGAUGCCGACUGGUCCGACUCGCGACGGGAACGGGGCAUCGUCAGCUUCGACUUUGCGCACAUUGACUGGACGGUCAUGAGCCUCGUCCUCGACCACAUCUACCGAGACGCCGGCAUGAGCCUCUUCCAGACAAUUGAGCGCGAGACGGCCGACGAGUACAUCGACUUCACGGUGCAGGUCCUGGCGGCGGCGAACGAGCUCCUCCUCGACAAGCUCAAGCAGGUCUGCUCCGCAGUCUUGCGCAGUUUCGUCACGCUGCAGAACGUCUGCUCGAUCCUGUGCGACGCCGCGUUCUACGAGGCGCACGAUUUGGCGCGCGCCUGCAUGUACUUCCUCUCGUCGUCGAUGGAGACGGCUCUCGAGACCAGCUUGCUCGAUGACCUGCCGACCGAUCUUCUCGUCGCUCUCGCCGCAUUUAUCCGCGAGCGACAAGGCGCAAAGAUGCCCAUCUCCCGCUCAGGACUCCUUCUGCAGGAGGUUAUCGCAAAGCACCCAGAGUACUACGCCGAGACCGACGUCGCUCGUCCGACCGGCGCUGCAAAGCGUUACCGACCAGCAGUCGUUCCAAAUUCGCCUCGACCUUCGCCCUCCCUGCUCUCGCCUACUUCGUCUCCACAACUUGCCCCCAUCGCCUCAUCCUCCAAGUCUCCCCGCCUGCGACCCAGCAUGUCCCCGAACCCUAGUCCAUCGUUACCGGCCGUUCGCGAAGUCGAUGAGCCGUUCACCCUCGACGAGGACUUCAUGCUCGAAUCGGGCGCGUCAACACCAUCUCGUGCCCUGCCCGUCACGUCGCCUCCCAUACAAGCAGCGAUUGGGCGUCGUCGCUCUUCGCUCGUGCCAGCAGGUUCGCCCUCGCAGGCAAGCUUUAUGCCUCUCGGCUCGCCUCCGCCCUCUCGCCUCCAGCCCUGGCAGGCGCCACCGGAGAAGAACGACAAGGAUCGGCUCGACCUGCGAAGCAUCAUGGCGGAUCAGUCGGCGGCGUCGGAACAGCGGCGGCCCAGCUUCGCGAAGCAGCCGAUUGUUCCGCCGUCGAACGCUGCGAUACCCGCCCUUGGCGGUCUCUCGGCGUCUGCGUCGUCGUGGCGACCAGUGUCCGCUCCGCGUGCCUCGUCACUCGCCAGUAUCCAGUCCGAGCAGCAGGCGGCGGCGCCGACGGUCAGCCGAACACCCUCGACGCCUUCCCUACGCAGCCCGCCUCCCCUACUCCGCAACACGCCUCCCGCAUCUUCUCCCUCGCUUCGCUCCCCUCCUCCUCCCGGGUCUGCAACCGGACCCGUCUACACCCCCUCGCGAAUGACGCCGACCAAAGGCACUCCCGGCUCUCGCACGCCCAAGUCGCACUUCGGCGGUUCCGACACGCCUUGGCAGAACUUUGAUCGCAUCGCUCCGCCUGCGCCGCCUGUCGCCUCGAGCUCGUCCGCCGCAUUCGACCCCUUCGCACCGCCUUCUCCCGCCGCCUCGUUCGCCGCCAUCCAGUCCGAGCAGAUUGCGCAACUUGCGGCCGUCGAGCAUCACCGGGCUCCUCGUAGUUUUGCGGACGUUAUGGCGGAGGAGCAGGCAGAAGCGCGGCGGCGAGAACAGGCGCUCAAGGAGGAGAAGGAGUUCUUGGCGUGGUUCGAGGAGGAGAGUCGGAAGGUGCAGCAGGAGACUGGCGGGCAGCCAGCUGUGGCCCAGCCGGGCAAGAGUGGGAAGCGGGGCGGCAGCGGCGGGGGACGUGGUGGGAAGAGCCGAGGGGGAGGAGCGAAGAAGUCUGUCCCGCCUAGUCAGACGGAGGCUGGUCCCUCGGAAUCGCCGUCGGGCGCAAUCACGCCGAAGCGCGGUGGUGCCAGCUGUGGAGGACGGGGAGGUCGAGGUGGUGGCAGAGGACGAGGGAAAGGAGCAGGGAAUGCGCCGAAUACGCCCUCGUCCGCUCCGCCUCCCGCGUCGACGGCUGGUGUCGCGGCGUAG